AUGCGCUGGCGAGAACCCUGUACAGUAAAUAUGGUACGGGUAAUGAAUGUGGAUGAGAGCUCAGAUGGGUUUUGGACGAAAGCAAAGUUGGAAGGGCAUUCAGUGAAAAUGCAAAUAGACACUGGAUCGAAGGCUUCACUAGUGUCUUAUAAGAUAUACCGAAAAUGUAUGAAACAUCUUCCACUGCGUCCCUCCAACACAACCUUCAGAGCAUACAUGGGACACCCAGUGCACAUGAAAGGAAUGACAGAUGUACUGGUACAGUGCAACAACCAAACUGUGAGACUUCCAGUUUAUGUCACCAACAAAAACUAUGCCGCCAUAAUGGGGCGUGUGUGGCUAAAAAAAAUCUGCCUUAACUGGCAAGAAGUGAGGAAGCUGUCACCCAACUCCGCUCAACUGCAGGUGAUACUGGAAAAACAUGAAGAGGUCUUUCGUGAGGAAUUAGGCAGCAUGAAAGAUAUCACAGUGAAGUUACAUGUAAAACCUGGAAGCAAACCUGUGUUUUUGAAGGCGAGACCAGUACCAUAUGCUAUUAGACCAAAGGUGGAAGCUGAUCUGGUUGCCAUGGUCAAGAACGGGGUUUUAGAGUCUGUGACAACAAGUGAGUGGGCCACACCCAUUGUUCCAGUGCCGAAAAAGGAUGGUGGUGUCCGGACCUGUGGGGACUUUAAGGUGACCCUUAAUCCUGUUCUAACAGUAGAGCAGUAUCCCCUUCCCCUGAUUGAUGACUUAUUUGCAGGACUGAGUGGAGGAGAAAAAUUUAGCAAAAUAGAUCUCAGCCAAGCUUACUUGCAAAUGCAUGUGGAGGAGCAGUCACGUGAAAUGUUGACUACAAACACUCAUAAAGGACUUUUCAGGUACUGCAGAUUGCCUUUUGGCAUCACCUCUGCCCCGGCAAUGUUUCAGCAGUCAAUAGAUCAGAUCCUCAGUGGCCUGCCAGGAGUGCAAUGCUACCUUAAUGAUAUACUUUGCACAGGAGCAAACGAUGAGGAGCAGCUUCGCAACUUGGAUGCUACCUUAAAAAUGGCUGAAAGAACAUGGCUUGAGAGUUCGCAAGGACAAAUGCGAGUUCUUUAAACCAUCUGUAGAGUAUCUUGGACAUGUGAUUGAUGCUAAGGGACUCCAUACUGCACCAUCAAAAAUCGCAGCUAUUGUGGAUGC